AUGGGCAGUGUUGACCACUUCAUCACACCCCACUUGCAGCCAUCCCCUCCUUGUGACACUCUUGCUGUUCUCCCCUGGCAGGAGGACUACAACCAGCUGAGACCGCUGUCCUACCCCAACACAGACGUGUUCUUGAUCUGCUUCUCGGUGGUGAAUCCUGCCUCCUACCACAACGUGCAGGAGGAGUGGGUGCCCGAGCUGAAGGUCUGCAUGCCCAACGUGCCUUACGUCCUCAUAGGAACUCAGAUUGACCUCCGGGAUGAUCCCAAGACUUUGGCGCGGCUGCUUUACAUGAAGGAGAAACCACUCACCUAUGAGCAUGGAGUGAAGCUGGCAAAGGAGGUAACAGCUUCUCCUGAUGCCAUGUGAAGCUGACUGAUCUCAGCUUUCCACCAGGUUUCUUUCAUUCAAGGCUCCUCCAAAGCCCAUUGGUGCCAGACAGAAAUUAAAGCCUCUGUUCAAGCAGGCUGGACCCAGGCACACAUGGUGACCCCUGAGCCUGCACUUCUGUUGCAAUAUCAGUGGAAACAUAGAAUACCCUGAGUGGGAAGAGACCCAAAAGGGUCAACAAGUCCAGCUCCUGGGCAUUCACAAGAUAAUCCCAAAAAUCACACCAUGGGUCAGAGAGAAUUGCCCAAACACUUCUGAUCUCUGGCAGGUGACAUGACCAAGCUCUAAGAAAAGCAUUGAGGAACACAGGGCAGCAGGUGGUAAAUGGGCAUCAAAACAGAUUUUACUGCCUAUUUUAUCUAAGUCAGGAGUUUCUUGCUCAGGGUUCUGCCAGGAGAUGCAUGUGGCAAACCCCUCUCUGCAGCCAAGCCACCACCUGUCACACUCCUCCCUGUCCCUUACAAAAGCACAGACAACUGGAUUCCCACUUAUCCCUUGCACUUCAGGCAGCAGAGAAAGUGCUCCCAAAGUUUCUGUGGUAUUGUACAUUUCUCCUGGAAAGGUAGGGGGUCAGAAGAACUCCCCAAGCCCUGG